AUGAAUUUACUUAGUAGAUAUUCCGAUUUUGGUUUUCAUAGCUGGAUGCCCACACACGCAUCAACAGUUUGCUCCCCAGCAAAAGAAACUUUAGUUGAACGGAUGGUUCUUGGAUGGAAUCAAGUGAGAGCAAAACAAGCAAAAGACACAGAAUAUGCAAUUAAGACUAUAGAAAGGAAAAAUAUGGACCGAUUUCGAGUACUAAACUUCUUUUUGAAUCAGCGCCAUAUUUCCUUUGAACAUUUUUGUAAGAAAGUAGCAGACGCCUUUCCCGAAGUACGAAUACAAAUACGGCAUGACAAGGAUAUUGAAAAAAUUUCUUGGUUAUAUGAGUUGGAUGAUUUGUGCCAAAAUUACAAAGAUGCAGAUCCAACCCUUCAAUUUCCGGAGUUGAAGCGCUUACAAAGGUUUUUCAAGAUCGAUUUACAAGAAAUACCUUUUAUAAAGGCCAAAGUCUGUCUUUACGUAAUGUCAGUUCCUGCUUAUCAAAUUUUAAAAUGUGAAAUACAGAAAGCUCUUAUGGCGACUCUGAAAAUACUCUUUCUACCUGAAAGUCUCCUUAAGGAAUGGCUUAGUAUUCGACAUCUUCCGAUGCUGGUUACGGACUAACUGUCGUAUUUCCAUCAUCGGUUUUCUAUUUAGAUUUCCAAUUGUACACAACUAGUAUAAAAGCUGAUCACACUAUAUUUAACAACCUUCGAAUAAAUCGAGAAAAUGUAACGUAAAAUCUUCA